ACGUCUAAUUGACCGAUCAUUACUAACACAUACUAAUCACUGUCAUUCCUUAUCAAUAACCCCAUUCAAAACUGUGUUUAUUAACAGAUUUCCUUUUGUUGCUGUUUCCAUUGGAUUUUCGGUCAACAAACAGGUGGAGUUCGGUGUGGUCUACAGCUGUCUGGAAGAUAAGAUGUUCACGGCGAGGAGAGGAAAAGGAGCGUUCUGUAACGGAGAGCCGCUGCAGGUUUCCGAGCAGCAGGAUAUCCGACAGUCCAUCAUCGCCACCGAGUUCGGAUCCAGCAGAGACCCUGAAGCCGUGGACAAGAUUUUCAACGGCCUGCAGAGCAUCCUCUGCAUCCCUGUCCACGGGUUAGUACUACAAAUACUGCAGUAUUAUGGGUCAGUACUACAACUGCUGCAGUACUGUGGGUCAGUAUUACAAAUACUGCAUUACUACGGGUCAGCACUAUCACUACUGCAGCACUGUGGGUCAGUAUUACAAAUACUGCAGAACUAUGGGUCAGUACUACCACUAUUGCAGUAACACGGGUCAGUACUACAAAUACCGCAGCACUACAGGUCAAUAACACAAAUACUGCAGUACAAUGGGUAAGUAACACAAAUACUGCAGUACCACGGGUCAAUAGUACCACUACUGCAGUACUACGGGUCAGUACUACAAAUACUACAGCACUACAGAUCAUUACAUUA